CAUCUUUGUUCUCUUUACCGUUUACGCCACGCCGAGUUGUAAGGUCGAGCCAAGUUCGACGACGGAAAUUCUGGAACCCCGCCUAGAUUAUCGAUCUUGGCUUAUCUUCUCCGGAAAUCGUUUAUAAGGAACAUAUAUUUUGACUCCUGACUCUCUUCUUCACCAAAAGCUAAGUAUAAGAACCACAUCGAAUCGCGAUGUCGACCACAACCACUUUAUCUAAUAACUCUACUUUUACUAAUUCUAAUGCCAAAGAGCCACUUAGGAAUGUAAUAGUCACCGGGGGUGCAGGUUAUAUCGGCUCCCACAUAAUCUACACCCUUCUCAAAACCCACAAAUACAAAGUAAUCUCCAUUGACAACUACCACAACUCUUUUCCUGCUGCUCUCACUCGUGUAUCCGAGCUCGCUUUGACCGAACUCAAAGCCUCCUUACCAACUGACACCUCACCAUCUCCCCAAGACCUCGAUUCAGUCGCAAUCGACGUCUACAAAUGCGAUCUUCUCGAUUCUUCCCUUGUGCGUUCCAUCUUUUCCAAAUAUUCUUCUCAGAAUGGCGGAACUGGAAUAUGGGGCGUCAUCCAUCUCUCUGCAUACAAAGCCGUUGGGGAAUCCUCUGUUAUCCCGUUAACGUAUUACGCCAAUAAUGUCUCUGCAACGAUAUCGCUUCUCCAGAUCAUGCAGGACUUUGGGUGUCAUAGGCUGAUUUAUUCGAGUUCCGCGACGGUCUAUGGGGUUGUGGAUGAAAUACCGAUUAAAGAAACAACAAAAAGGCAAAUAGAAGGCAAGGAAGGAUCAGUGUAUGGCAGGACGAAGGUGAUGUGUGAGCUGAUUGUGGAGGAUUUGUGUGAGAGUAGUGUUUUGACUGGUUCGACUACCCCCUUCCAAGCCAUCUCUCUCAGAUACUUCAACCCUGCCGGUGCACAUCCCAGUGGGUACAUCGGAGAACAUCCUCGUGGAAGACCAGAGAAUCUGUUGCCCUUGUUAGCACAUAUGGCUGUAGGGACUGUCAAGGAUCCUGUGCUGAAGGUAUUCGGUAAGGACUACCCCACCCUAGACGGAACUUGUGUUCGGGACUACCUGCAUAUACUUGACCUUGCUGCGGGGCAUGUCAUUGCACUGCAGGCGCUCGAGGAAGGUUCGGAGUUGAAUAACAGGGUAUUCGCUAGUACUACGGAGACAGGUAAAGGAAGCAAAGGAAGGUUCAAGGCGUAUAAUUUGGGCAAAGGCCAUGGUAUGAGCGUGAUGCAGAUCGUAGGAGCUAUGAGGGAAGCUACGGAGUUUGAUUUCAAGACGGAAGUUGUUGGGAGGCGCCGCGGGGACGUUCCAGAACUAAUCGCCGAUCCCGCUCUGGCUCGCGCCGAACUAGGAUUCGACGCUCCUCGCGAUCUCGAGACCAUGUGUAGGGAUUUGUGGAAUUGGCAGGAGAAGAAUCCGACCGGAUAUGAAUGAGGAUGUCGUUGUGGGGAUUUUGUUUAUGGACCUCCUGAGCAGACUGGACUCUUUAAACCACUCAAAGAUUGAUAUAUAAUAUGUAGUUGACAGUGUUGAACCAACAUAUCCAAAUGUAAAUGUGUAAUGAGUAUGGUCCGGUACAUACUGCGUAUGUAAUGAGUGGGGUUAGCGGAAAAAUGUCCUUGGAUAAAUAGUCGCCCAGUCAAUAAUUUUAUACAUAAUUCCUCCCGAUUAAACGACUCUACGAUCCCAACGCUAUAAAAGCUUGUCCGAUACUUAAUCUAUGCCCCAAGCGAAAGCGUAUUCUGGAUUGCAGAAAGAGACGGGGAGAAGAAAUAUUCACCGCCGCGGGAGACGACGAAAUCUUUGAGGUUUACGGGAGAUGAAGAGGUGUGCAGUAGGAGGAGUAGGAAGGAGCAGGGAGGGAAGUUGAAAGGAGGCGGAUAGGGAGAAGGGGCGGGCAUC